AUUCCUCAUGCUCCUAUACAAUCAAUAUGGGCUUGGGUUCUAGAUUCUUCUUUUGGUCGAUCGUCAUCAUCCCAUCUCGACUUUGAAUACGCCCCUUAUAAAAUAACAGGCUCGACGUUAACCCUAACUCUCUUUCUUUCUCUCACUGAAAGGGCCUGAAGCUGAAGUCCCCUUUCCUCCUCUCCCAGUUUCCCAUCGGUUUGAUUUCAUCUUUGUGAAAGCGAUCUGUGAAGAUCAAAGAUGUUUGGCAGGGCACCCAAGAAGAGCGACAACACCAAGUACUAUGAUGUUCUGGGAGUCACGAAGAAUGCUUCCCAAGACGAUCUCAAGAAGGCCUACCGGAAAGCCGCCAUCAAGAACCACCCCGAUAAAGGCGGAGAUCCCGAAAAGUUUAAGGAGAUUUCUCAAGCAUACGAGGUUUUGAGUGACCCAGAGAAACGGGAAAUUUAUGAUCAAUAUGGUGAAGAAGCCCUCAAGGAAGGAAUGGGAGGUGGUGGAGGUGGCCACGAUCCAUUUGACAUAUUUCAGUCAUUCUUUGGAGGCAGUCCUUUUGGUGGUGGUGGGAGCAGCAGAGGCCGUAGGCAAAGAAGGGGUGAAGAUGUUGUUCAUCCUCUCAAAGUUUCAUUGGAAGAUCUUUACAAUGGGACAUCAAAGAAGCUUUCUCUUUCUCGUAAUGUUCUAUGUGCAAAGUGCAAGGGGAAGGGAUCUAAGUCAGGGGCUUCAACUAAAUGUCUUGGUUGUCAAGGGUCUGGGAUGAAAGUUUCUAUCCGACACCUUGGCCCAUCUAUGAUUCAGCAGAUGCAGCAUGCUUGCAAUGAGUGUAAGGGUACUGGUGAGACGAUUAAUGACAAAGACAGGUGCCCCCAGUGCAAGGGUGAGAAGGUAGUGCAGGAGAAGAAGGUUUUGGAAGUUGUUGUGGAAAAAGGAAUGCAAAACAGUCAGAAGAUUACAUUCCCUGGAGAGGCUGAUGAAGCUCCUGAUACUCUCACUGGAGACAUAGUGUUUGUCUUGCAACAAAAAGAACAUCCCAAGUUUAAGCGAAAGGGAGAUGACCUCUUUGUAGAGCACACAUUGUCCCUAACUGAGGCACUUUGUGGUUUCCAGUUUAUCUUGACACACCUGGAUAAUAGACAGCUCCUCAUUAAGUCACAGCCUGGUGAAGUUGUUAAGCCUGAUCAGUUCAAGGCAAUAAAUGAUGAAGGAAUGCCGAUGUACCAGAGGCCAUUUAUUAAAGGGAAGCUAUACAUUCAUUUCACAGUGGAUUUCCCUGACUCUUUAUCCCCUGAACAGUGCAAGGCCCUCGAAGCAGUGCUUCCUCCAAGGACUUCAAAGCAAAUUACUGAUAUGGAAUUGGAUGAAUGCGAGGAAACCACUUUGCAUGAUAUUAACAUAGAAGAAGAGAUGCGCAGGAAGCAGCAGCAGGCAGCACAAGAGGCAUAUGAUGAAGAUGAAGAUAUGCAUGGUGGUGGUCAGAGGGUCCAAUGCGCCCAGCAGUGAUUUUUAUAGGAAAAGUAUUUGGUUUUAAAUCAGUUCGUAAGGGUUCUAGUCCCAUCCACCAUUCUCUUUCCUCUCUGCUUGAGUUUGGAUGGUGGGUGGGUGUUUGGAAUGAUAUUUUUUAUGUUCUGGGAAAUUUUCUCUGUAGUGUGAACUAAUUGAUAUUGUAAGCCAUGUUUCAAUUUCAAGAUUUUUGGAGUCUAAAAGAUGCAUGUAGUUUUCCAAUUAUCUAUCUUUUAACGUUAUUUUUUGUUUCAUUUUUUGCAAUUCACUGAAUCAAUCAAUGGCGGACCUGGUGCCCUGGUGGUAAUUGAAGUUUUAAGGAAUUUCCAUUUA